AGACGGGAAAAAAGGCGUCAUUUUAUUUGCGGAGAGAGAGAGAUGGGUUGCUUGGAUUGCUUCGGUGGAGGGUCAGCGAAACAGGAGAGAUUGGAGGAAGAACGCAGAGCUUCUCAAGAAGCUCGAGCUAAAGCUGCUGAAGCCGCCGAGAAAAGACAAGAACAAUUUGCACAAUCAGCUGCAGGUAGAGCUGCACGAGCUCAGAUGCAGGCAGCUGCAAAACAGGCUUCUAACACUAACAAAGGGGAACCAACUCUGAAGUGGCAGAUGGGAUGACAAUUAGCUUUCGGAACCGUAACAUCCACGCUUAAGUAUAUUUUGCUUGUAAAAUCAUCAUCAAGAAGUGCAAAGAUGUAAUUAUUGAAGAGCAGCUGUUUAUUGUGAAAGUCGUCUCUGAAAUAAUUAUCAAAAAUAGGUAAUGGAUAUUGUGUAAAAUUUAUUUCUGGCUCCUUCUGCUUAGGACUUCCAUUUAUUUGAUUGUGUACAGUAUAAUAAAGUUCAAAGGUACAGUUGUUGCCUUUUUUGUACUCCAUACCCAAAACUAAAUUUGAGAAAAUAACAACCUUGCCCUA